AUGCAAAAAAGCAGCGCCUGCAGUUUUAUGUAUGGAGAGCUGACCGACAAGGACACGAUAGAGAAGGUGCGCCAGACCUUUGAGAACUAUGAAAUGAAUUCCUUUGAAAUCCUGAUGUACAAGAAGAACAGGACACCCGUGUGGUUUUUUGUGAAGAUCGCUCCCAUCCGGAAUGAACAGGAUAAAGUGGUUCUGUUCCUGUGCACAUUCAGUGACAUAACAGCCUUCAAGCAGCCCAUCGAGGACGACUCGUGCAAAGGUUGGGGGAAGUUUGCUCGGCUGACCAGAGCUCUGACAAGCAGCAGGGGCGUCCUGCAGCAGCUGGCCCCUAGUGUACAGAAGGGAGAGAAUGUCCACAAGCACUCGCGCCUGGCAGAGGUCCUACAGCUGGGCUCAGACAUCCUUCCCCAGUACAAGCAAGAAGCGCCAAAGACACCCCCUCACAUCAUCUUACACUACUGUGUCUUUAAGACCACGUGGGAUUGGAUCAUCUUGAUCUUGACCUUCUACACAGCUAUCCUGGUCCCUUACAACGUCUCCUUUAAAACCAGACAGAAUAACGUGGCCUGGCUGGUGGUGGACAGCAUCGUGGACGUCAUCUUUCUGGUGGACAUUGUUCUGAAUUUUCAUACCACCUUUGUCGGGCCAGCGGGGGAAGUGAUCUCUGACCCCAAACUUAUCCGCAUGAACUACCUGAAGACAUGGUUUGUGAUCGACCUUCUGUCCUGUUUGCCCUAUGACGUCAUCAACGCCUUUGAGAACGUGGAUGAGGCUAUUAACUUGUGGUGA